AUGGCUGUUGUUCCCUCCGGUGGUGGAAAAACCAUUUUGAUGAUGUUGUGUUUUCUGUCGGUUUUUGCAGGGUCAGCCUCGAGUUCGAUGUGGGCUGAAUUGCUUCAUCCGACACUAAAAGUGAACAUAACGUCGAAAAUACCCGGUGGGGUUGUUCACAUAAAAUGCAUAUCCAGCGAGAACGACGUGAAGAGGGGGUCUUUGGAUUCCUCCUCCACAAAGCCAUUCACGUUCGACGUUAGACUAAAGUUUCUGACAACCAUAAGAUACAAUUGUUUGCUGACACAAGGAGGAAGAGAAAUUGGACAGUUUUUAGGGUUUCGAAGUGGUUCGUAUUGCGAAAAAGGCUGCAAUUGGGAGCUUUACCUUCAUUAUGCCCUUCGCAUGUCUUCGCGCGAUGGUUUUGUAAACCAAACCUACAGACCAAUUGGAAGCCCUGAUGACACCACUUAUGAUUUCUCUUGA